AUGGGCAACAGACCCUUGGAAGAAACAAGCCAACAUCUGGACACACAAGUCCCUGGUACCGACAACCAGCCGCGCCCAAACCUCAGGUGCGAAACUUUAGUGUACCUGACUAAGAACAAAGAAAUCCGUAUGUACCCUCGGGACGUCUAUCUUAACACCGGACUCAAUCCGUUCGCUCGCACAGAAUCCAAGGCGAAAAUCCCCGAGUAUCGGAAAAUUAUACCCAUGCAUGCCUAG